UUGUCCAACAAUUUGAGUUCUUCUUCUCAAAACACAACAGAUACAGUUGUCCAAACAGCACCAGAACAAGUUUCACAUAGUUCUACAAUUCAGGGUCAAUCAGACUCAAAUUCGAAUUCAAACCAACCUUCAAACGCACCAGAACAAGUUUCACAUGUCUCAACCUCUCAAACUACACAGCAAACACAAAGACAAACUUCCAAUUCUGGUACAAUUCCAAUUGUACUUACUCAUGAAGAAGAAGAAGAAUAUUUGGUAGAACCAGAAAUAAAAGAAAGCGAUAUUCGUAAGGACGCAGUCAAGAGACUCGAACAAUUCAUGAAGAACUACCCGCAAAACUUAAGCAUUCAAGACACAAAUAACUAUUCAGAUUUCUACAAUGAUAUUAUUGAAGCCGUCAAAAAAUUUGAAGAUAAUGUUCAAAAUCCAACAAACCUUUCAGAAUUCUUCUUCAAAUUGCUUCCUUAUACAGCAAAUAUCAUUGGUUUACAGUUCUGUGACGAGUUUAUUCAAACAUUCGGUCCCAGACAGCAAAGAAGUCUAUACGCACGUCUGAAACUGUUUCAUCCUUAUCCGCUUACAUAUAAUUGGAUUGAAGAACUUCAAGAACACGGAAAGGAACAACAUUUCAAGUUCUAUGUAGAUGUUCCUCAAGGAAAGCUUGCUAAGACAUUCACAAUACAACAACCACAUUCUGAAGACUUUCUUCAGUAA